UUAGGAACUUUUUUUUUUUUUAAGCUACGAUAGUGAGGGCCGUCUGACAAAUGUUACAUUCCCAACUGGAGUUGUCACUAACCUUCAUGGGGAAAUGGAAAGAGCUAUUACAGUGGACAUCGAAUCAUCCAGCAGAGAGGAGGAUGUCAGCAUCACUUCCAACUUAUCAUCAAUUGAUUCUUUCUACACCAUGGUUCAAGAUCAGUUAAGAAACAGCUACCAGAUUGGCUAUGAUGGCUCACUUAGAAUCCUGUAUGCCAGUGGCCUGGAUUCUCACUAUCAGACGGAGCCGCAUGUCUUGGCUGGCACUGCCAAUCCAACAGUGGCAAAGAGAAACAUGACUCUGCCAGGGGAGAAUGGGCAGAACCUGGUGGAGUGGCGAUUUCGGAAGGAGCAAGCCCAGGGAAAAGUCAACGUAUUUGGUCGAAAGCUUAGGGUUAAUGGCAGAAACCUCCUUUCAGUUGACUUUGAUCGAACCACAAAGACAGAAAAGAUCUACGACGACCACCGUAAAUUCCUGCUGAGGAUUGCCUAUGACACGUCAGGGCACCCAACCCUGUGGCUACCAAGCAGCAAGCUGAUGGCUGUCAAUGUUACCUAUUCAUCCACAGGGCAAAUAGGCAGCAUACAGCGAGGGACGACUAGUGAAAAAAUAGAGUAUGAUGGACAGGGAAGGAUUGUGUCUAGAGUGUUUGCUGAUGGGAAAACUUGGAGUUACACAUAUUUGGAGAAGUCAAUGGUUCUUCUGCUUCAUAGCCAACGGCAGUAUAUCUUUGAAUAUGAUUUGCUGGAUCGGCUUUCUGCUGUCACCAUGCCCAGCGUUGCUCGUCAUACCAUGCAGACUAUUCGCUCCAUUGGCUAUUACCGGAAUAUAUACAACCCUCCUGAAAGUAAUGCUUCUGUUAUAAUGGACUACAAUGAAGAAGGGCAGCUCCUUCAAACUGCUUUCCUGGGGACAAGCCGAAGAGUAUUAUUCAAGUACAGACGGCAGACCAAGCUCUCAGAAAUUUUGUAUGAUAGUACAAGAGUUAGUUUUACGUAUGAUGAGACAGCAGGAGUCCUGAAAACAGUAAACCUCCAAAGCGAUGGUUUUAUCUGCACCAUUAGAUACAGGCAAAUUGGCCCACUGAUUGACAGACAGAUUUUCCGCUUCAGUGAAGACGGAAUGGUAAACGCCCGAUUCGAUUACAGCUAUGACAAUAGCUUCAGAGUGACUAGCAUGCAAGGUGUCAUCAAUGAAACCCCAUUGCCUAUCGAUCUCUACCAGUUUGAUGAUAUCUCCGGUAAGGUUGAACAAUUUGGCAAAUUUGGAGUCAUAUAUUAUGAUAUUAACCAGAUCAUUUCUACAGCUGUAAUGACUUACACAAAACACUUUGACGCACACGGCCGCAUCAAGGAAAUUCAGUAUGAAAUCUUUCGUUCACUAAUGUACUGGAUUACAAUUCAGUAUGAUAACAUGGGACGAGUGACAAAAAGAGAAAUUAAGAUUGGGCCGUUUGCCAACACCACAAAAUACGCCUACGAAUAUGAUGUAGAUGGUCAACUCCAGACUGUUUACCUGAAUGAAAAAAUAAUGUGGCGAUACAACUAUGACUUGAAUGGCAACCUCCAUUUGCUCAACCCUAGCAGUAGUGCCCGUCUGACGCCACUUCGCUAUGACCUGAGAGACAGAAUAACCCGACUAGGGGACGUGCAGUAUCGAUUAGACGAAGACGGAUUUCUGCGCCAGAGGGGUACCGAAAUCUUUGAAUACAGUUCAAAGGGCCUCCUCACUCGAGUUUACAGCAAAGGCAGUGGGUGGACGGUGAUUUAUCGUUACGAUGGCCUCGGACGACGAGUUUCCAGUAAAACUAGCCUUGGACAGCACCUCCAGUUCUUUUAUGCAGACCUCACUUACCCAACCAGGAUAACUCAUGUAUACAACCACUCAAGUUCUGAAAUCACAUCUCUUUAUUAUGACCUGCAGGGACAUCUUUUUGCCAUGGAGAUUAGCAGUGGAGAUGAGUUCUACAUUGCAUCUGACAAUACGGGAACACCACUGGCUGUUUUUAGUAGCAACGGUCUCAUGCUUAAACAAAUUCAGUACACUGCUUAUGGAGAGAUCUACUUUGACUCUAACCUUGACUUCCAACUGGUAAUAGGAUUCCACGGUGGUUUAUAUGACCCACUGACCAAGCUAGUCCACUUUGGAGAAAGAGAUUAUGACAUAAUGGCAGGCCGGUGGACAACACCUGAUAUUGAAAUCUGGAAGAGAAUUGGGAAGGAUCCAGCUCCUUUCAAUUUGUACAUGUUUAGAAAUAACAACCCAGCCAGUAAAAUACAUGAUGUGAAGGAUUAUAUCACAGAUGUUAACAGCUGGCUGGUGACAUUUGGAUUCCACCUACACAAUGCCAUUCCUGGUUUUCCUGUUCCAAAAUUUGAUUUAACAGAACCUUCUUACGAACUUGUGAAGAGCCAGCAAUGGGAAGAUAUACCUCCAAUUUCUGGAGUGCAACAACAAGUGGCGAGACAAGCAAAGGCUUUCCUUUCCCUGGGAAAGAUGGCAGAAGUGCAGGUCAGCAGACGGAAAUCCAGCGGAGAGAAGUCGUGGCUGUGGUUUGCCACAGUGAAGUCUCUGAUCGGGAAAGGGGUGAUGCUCGCUGUCAAUCAAGGAAAAGUGCAGACAAAUGUGCUCAACAUUGCAAAUGAGGACUGCAUCAAAGUGGCAGCUGUUCUGAACAACGCCUACUACCUAGAAAACUUACAUUUCACCGUUGAGGGAAAAGACACGCACUAUUUUAUCAAGACCACCUCCCCUGAGAGUGACCUUGGGACACUGCGGCUGACCAGUGGGCGGAAGGCCCUGGAGAACGGCAUCAAUGUCACCGUGUCCCAGUCCACUACCGUGGUGAACGGCAGGACUCGUAGGUUUGCCGAUGUUGAAAUGCAGUACGGUGCGUUAGCGCUUCAUGUCCGAUACGGCAUGACGCUUGAUGAGGAAAAAGCCCGAAUCCUGGAGCAAGCCAGGCAAAGAGCUCUUUCCAGUGCCUGGGCCAGGGAACAACAGAGAGUAAGGGAUGGAGAGGAAGGUGCCAGGCUGUGGACAGAAGGAGAGAAGAGGCAGUUGCUAAGUGCUGGAAAGGUACAAGGAUAUGAUGGGUACUAUGUACUCUCUGUGGAGCAAUAUCCAGAAUUAGCAGACAGCGCCAACAAUAUACAGUUCCUCAGACAAAGUGAGAUAGGAAAGAGGUAACACACUGGCUUAGCUCAGGCUGCCAAAGAGACUGUGUACCAGUGUCUUCUAAAAAGGAGACCAAACUGUUUUGCUGCAUUACUACUUGAGCCUAAGCUUACAUCUUUGCUCAGAUUUUUUCUGUAGCACAAUCUGAACGGACUCUAAUGAAAAGAGCGCCUUCCAGAAGAAUGAUACUGCUAAUGACAAAACUUUUUUUUUUUUCUUCAAUGACCUUAAAGGUGAUCUGCUUUAAAGAAUAUGUUUACAUAUGCAUAUCGCUGCACUCAAGUUGGACUGAAAAGUAUUAAUUAAAAAAAAAAGAAAGAAAAAAGGCCUAAAGAUUUUGCAACAGUCUGGCUGUUGUCCUGAGGCACUGUAUUUAAUUAAGAUACAGACCUGUACAGUGUUUCCAAAUAUUACUGAAUUGUUGACCUUUGCUUACGAGAAGUAGUCUCUCUCUCUCUCUUUUUCUCUUUAUCACUGCAUAGGAUGUGGUAUAUAUCUGUUAAUUUUAAAUUGUGGGACAAAAAUUACUGUUUAUAGACAACUCAACUGCUUUAAACUGUGCUGCUUUCUAAAAGGACAUUGGCACAAGUGACUUACGCUACCAUGGGAAUUUAAUAAUGGAUUUUACAACGUUAACGUGCUUUGCCUUGGGGGGAAUAAAAUGGCAAGUAGAAUCCUUGUUACAGAUAAGCAAAGGAAACCCUGAUUUUUUGUAAAUUAUGUGAGACAAGUUGUUUAUGGAUUUUUAUAUGAAUUACAAUUUACUGUACAUCAAAUAUUAGUCUCAGAGGAGUUAAUUUAUGUAAAGUGUUUAAAAAAGUUUAUACUUAAAAAUAAAAUGAUAAAAACA